UGGCCGUAGGUGUGAAUGUGAGUGUGAAUGGUUAUCUGUCUGAUAGUAUGGCGACCUGUCCAGGAUGUACGCCACCUCUCACCCAGUGUCAGCUGGGAUAGGCUCCAGCCCCCUGCCACCUCUUACAAGAAGUGGUUAUGAAAAAUGAAUGAAUGAAUGAAUGAAAUGAGAUGUGUAACGUGAAACUGUGUCAGUGUUUUUACUGGUUUUAAUCACCUGGGGUCUCAUUUAUAAACAUUGUGUACGCACAAAAUGGGGCCUGAAGGAGACGUUCGCCUCUUCCCACACAAAAGUUGUGAUCUAUAAAAACAGACUUGGUGAGAGAAACUUUGACACAUACUGACGAACAUUGUAGACACAGGAAAUUGACGAUGCAGAUGGUGAGGUGAGAGCCUGACUGUAGAAAUUGUUGAAUAUUUUUUGGUUCAUGCUUUUUUCUGUAGGCAGGGCUUGAAGUUCUCCAGCACGGUGCUGGAUUUCCAGCGCAGGAAUAUUCGAAGCGCAGCGCCCAGCAGCGGAGGCAGUUUUCAGUCGGCGCCCAUGUUAACCUAUCUGACUGACUGUCCACACAGGCCACUGAGCAAAGCGGAGCGCCCACAGAGGCUCACGCACUGCAGUGCUUCAGUUCGGCGUCUGGUCUAUUUUUCACGCGAGCUGCGAGCGCUUCUGUUAAGCUGGAUAGAGCGGGUCGUACCAAACAGGAAGUCAGACACAGAAAAGACGAGAGAAUCCGGCCAAUUUUCAAAAUAAAAUAAAUUUUAAAAAUAAAAACCUGUUUGGUCAGUUUGGUCUAGACACGAGAGAGAUGAAAACACAGAGAGAGAGAGAGAGAGAGAGAGAGAGAGAGAGAGAGAGAGGGGCCAAUUCCCCCUUUUAAUUAGAAUUCAAAAAAGAGCCAUCAAAUUUUAUAAACACCUUAAAACAAGUGACCCCAACUCCUACCACUACAAAGCUCUGCAAUGCCAAGAGGAGAACAUGGAGAAGAGCCCCCUCAGCCAGCUAGUCCUGAGGCUCAGCUCCUCUAACAACACAAGACCUCAGCACAGCCCUCACACAAUCUGGACCCACCAAAUUAUAGAGAAACAAAAAGAACAUUACAUUAACUAUUGGACAUCGACCACAAAAACGCAACGCAAACUUCAGUGUUAUUUGGCUCUAAAUAGACAGUACACGGUGGCAGAAUAUCUGAGCACCGUGACUGAUGAGAAACUGAGGAAGACUUUGACCAUGUACAGACUCAGUGACCACAGCUUGGCCAUAGAGACGGGCAGACACAGGCAGACCUGGCUGCCCAGAGAGGACAGGUUGUGUGAGCUCUGUCCACACAGACAAGUGGAGACAGAGACACACUUCCUGUUGCACUGCAGCAAGUAUGAACACAUCAGAGCCGACUUCCUCUCAAAAAUAAAACAUAAAGUCACUGACUUUGAUUCUCUGCCUGAUCAAACUAAAAUGCAACACAUCCUUGGAGAGAACAGAGUCAGCAGCUUAGCAGCAGCAACAUAUGUCAGGUUAUGCCAAAGCCUGAGGGACAACCAUCACAACACCUGACACACCUGUCUAUAUUUACAGUCCUUGUAACUCACAAUCUACAUUUUUCUUUAUUCAUUUUUUUUUCUAUAUUAUAUAUUGGUGUAUUGUAUUGUAGAUUGGUGUAUUUUGUAUUAUAUAUCAUAUAUUUAAUCUUUUUUUUUAUAGUUUUCUGACUUACUUUUAUUAUUGUACUUUAUUUGUAAAUUUUAAUGUCUUUGGCAAUAUUGUUAAUCUACAGUCAUGCCAAUAAAGCUUAUUGAAUUGAAUUGAGAGAGAGAGAGAGAGAGAGAGAGAAAUGGCUGCAGGUUGGGGGCUGCAAUUCAGAGAGAUAGAAGAUGCUCCUUGAUGUCAAAGGUCGUGAGUUCAAGCAUCAACUGAUAUAAAAUGUACAUUUUAAUGCAGACAUUUUUGUUGUUUUCCUAUUCUGCCUAUUCUACCCAACCAGAUUAAUUAAAUUUCAGGCACAGGAUUUUUUCUUGCUUCAAGCCCUGUGUAGGUACAUUUUUAGUAUGCAUCCUAAGCAUAAUUUUAUAAAUGAGAUCACUGGUCCAUUUGUUUUGGAGAGGAGGAGAUCUCUGCAAAUAAUUCAGAUCCUGGUGAAAACCAGUGAUCACUGAAUGAGUCAUAACCAGGAGUCAUGCUUUGACAUGGGAGAAGUUUUCCUCCCCAUUAGAUGCCACAAGAUCCUACACACUGCUCUUAGUAUUGAAAGAAAUUAUCAGAUAUCAACAGAUAAAUCAGUGCUGAAAAUAGCUGAUACCUACAGCCAUUACUUAAAACACUGAAUAAGAAAAGUUAACCACAAUACUGGAGAUGUGUUUACUGUUUCCCCAUGUGUGUACUAACCUACAAACUCCAUUUUUUUGUCGGUGGCUCUUACAUUACCUUUGCCCUGGAGCUAGGUUUUCAUUUAGUGGCUUUUUCAUUGUAGAUUUUUUAAAUGAGGGCAACUUGUGAUCACUCGGGUCAAGCCUUAAUGGAGCCUUUAUGUGAAGGUGAAGAAUCCUGCUGAAUCAUCACCUCAUAUUUUGAGCCUGCUGGCAUACUUUGAACCCACUCGGAACUUCUUCCCUCGCGCUUUUCUUAAAUUUCAUCUGUCCUCUUCCCUUAAUUCCCUACUUCCUCCCACUCCCCACUUCAAAGUAAACUUGUGGUUAAUCCGUCAUGACGGAUGCGCACAGUGGAGAGGCUUCUGUCUGUGACCCUGUCAAUCAGUAUAUAUCAGCUGUUCCUCUCUCAUCUGCUGCUUGGCUGUCUGUCACACCCUGACUGCAGCCUCAACCUGAAAUGUGUAUGAGCAUGACGUCUGUUAGGGGGAUGGAGGGGGUCCAUGACCCUGUUUGCAGUAACUAUACACCCCGAGACAGACUUUGCUGUACUCUUGUCUCAUGUUCAGAAUUUUAGGAGCUUAGGAGACAGUAAAGAGAUACCAAGAGAAAGAGCAGGGAUUAUAGGGAGGAAUGAGAGCCAGGAGUUGUCAGUGGGUUGUAAACUCAUGCAUGUGAUGAAAAGAUGCAUUAAAAUUUAAGCGUAAAGCAGCUGUCCCUAUAGUGCUGACAGGGGAGGUCAGAGAAAGAGGAGAGGACGCAUGAGGAGAGGUAUCCUAUACAGCUGUCAGUUUUCUAGGACUAGUUGGUGGUUUAGUUUCUAGUAGCGUGCAAGGGGAGGUGCUGAGCGCAAUAUUCAUCAUGACCUGCCCCUAAGCUCAGUGUGUUGGUUCACAGCUGGAGGACUGGCCAGCUAAGCAGUCUACCUCUCGCCUCAGAGGGAUAGAGAACCACCAGUGUAACAUUCAGAGAGCCUUCAUGCUUCAUAUGGACCAUCAAGCUCCGAGGCAUUUGAUUCACAGCAGACCUGCACUGUAAACAUCCAGGACUCAAGAGGCCGCCAACCUGGGAUUUUGGAAACAUAUUUUCUCCCACAGCUUCGGUGAACUUUGAGACUGUUAUGAAAUGGAGUACCGCUACACAAGGAGAUACUAUCAAUCUUUGGUCGCCCCGGAGCCACCAUACAGGGUGCAGUAUGAUGAAAAUGCUUCAGAGAAGAGCGGCAAAGAGGUGAUGUCCAAAGGCUCCAGUGGCAUGGAGGUCUUACUGGCUUCACUGGAGAAUACCCGGGAUGUCCAGACCACUCUGAACAUCUUGUACAUUCUCAGUGAGCUGCUGACUGUGGGCAGAGGUCGCAGAGUGGGAGUAUUUGUGUCUAAAGGAGGAACGGGAAUAUUAUUCCAGAUUCUGAUCACUGCCAGUAAGGAGCUGCCUCCCAGUGAAGAACUCAUGCUGCAGCUUCACUCACUGCUCGCCAAGGUUGGCCCAAAAGACAGAAAGUUUGGAGUGAAGGCCCGACUAAGCGGAGCGCUGAACGUCACAGUCAACUUAAUGAAACAGAACCUACAGAACACCAAACUGCUUCUGCCCUGCCUGCAGGUUCUCAGGGUUUACUCCACCAACUCUGUGAAUGCUAUUUCUUUGGGCAAGAAUGGAGUGGUGGAACUCAUGUUCAAGAUUGCCGCGCCGUACAGCAAGAAGAACACCAGCCUGCUGAAGGUCGCUCUGGAUGCACUGGGAGCACUGCUGAAAUCCAAAACAAACGCUCGCCGUGCAGUAGAUGGUGGACACGUGCCUGUCUUGCUGGCUCUGUACCUGGACUGGCAUCGCAAUGACACACGCCAUCGCCACAUGCUAAUUCGCAAAGGGCUGCUGGUCUGCCUCAGGAACAUCACCAACAUCAAGCUCGGCAGGAAAGCAUUCAUAGACGCUGAUGGCAUGAGGAUUCUCUACAACUCAUCCACUGAGUGUCUUCCAGUGCGGACUCUGGAUCCUCUUGUCAACACGUCGAGUCUCAUCAUGAGGAAGUGUUUCCCUAAGAACCGUCUGCCUCUGCCCACCAUCAAAUCAGCCUUCCACUAUCAGCUGCCGCAUGUACCUGCUGUAGGACCUGUGGCGCAGCUGUACAGCCAACCACCUGGGGGAAGAAAGAUUCAUCAGCACUGCAGCAGGCCCUUAAAGAAGGUGGAUGAUGUGGUGGAUGAAAGUGACGAUAACGAGGAGACAGACGCAGACACAGAGAACGAAACUGAGAAUGAAGAGGACGAGAAGGAUCAGCGCACUCUGAAUGAUGACAUAGAGACAGACCUGAACAAGCUGCAUCCCAAAAAGGGCCCUGGUCGUCCCUUCGAGGAGUUGAGGGUCUAUGAGAGGUUUUUCUUGGAGCUUUCUGAAGACUUCCAGGGUUAUAACUUUGAAUCCUCAAAGAGUGCCUCUACCACAUCUUCAUCAUCAUCUUUCUCCUCAUCAUCAGCCCCAGCUCGAUCCACUCGACCAAUCAUAGUGCCCACAGCUCAAGCCCUGUCCCCAAAGCAUGUCCCCAUCUCGAGCUCUCAGGAGGAUUGCACCCCUACCAAAGGACAACACACCCUGCCGUCUCCUCCUGCACCCACUCCUGCUCCCCCGACACCCCUAGAACUGGACAGCAUCCACCUCACCAAGGACCAACACAAAAAAGAGGAGGCCCACAUUCCUUCCCCAGACACACAUAUGACAUUGUCCUCCCUCGCCAGGCCUCCCUCUCAGGGGCAUAAGUUAGACCAGGACCUUGCACAUGUGUUGGAGUGUGUCUCUCUAGAAGAGGAGAGGCCUCUGAACACAGGAGAAGACGGAGGAAGGGGAGUCAAACAGGAAGGAUCCCCAGUCAACGCCACCAGACACAUCCAGUCUCCUCUGCUCUUGGGGGGCAUUGCUACUCGUCGGGUGGGAGGAGGAGGCAGCAACUGGGGUUCAGAUUGUGGCUCAGAGGGUGCUGAGGAUGAGACAGGGGAAGGAGCAGUUCUGGAGGUGCCAGACACAGCCCUGCUCCUCCCGCUGCAUGACCCCGACCUGUACGUGGAGAUGGUGAAGGGAACACGCUCCGUUCCCCAGUACGCUGAAGUGGCUUACCCAGACUACUUUGGCCAUGUCGCACCAACAUUUAGGGAGCCCCUUCAGGAGAGAGUUUACGGUGUACAGAGGUCUAAGAUAUUCCAGGACAUCGAGAGGUUGAUUCAUCCUAAUGAUAUCGUGGAUAAAGUAGUUUACGACCUGGACAAUCCCAGUUGUCCUGUGAUUGAAGACGAUGGCGAAUCACUGAAGUUCAACUCUCAGUUUGAGUCUGGAAACCUCAGGAAGGCAGUCCAAGUCAGGAAAUACGAGUAUGACCUUGUGCUGAAUUCAGACAUCAACAGUAAUCACUACCACCAGUGGUUCUACUUUGAGGUGAGCGGCAUGCGUGUUGGAACUGCCUACCGCUUCAACAUCAUCAACUCUGAGAAGUCAAACAGCCAGUUCAACUACGGCAUGCAGGUGCUGAUGUACUCGGUGCAGGAGGCGAUCAGUGGAAGGCCACACUGGGUCAGAACAGGAACAGACAUCUGUUACUACAAGAAUCACUUUGCAAGGAGUUCCAUAGCAGCUGGUGGUCAGAAAGGGAAGUCUUAUUAUACGAUGACCUUCAGCACAACCUUCAGCCAUAAGGAUGAUGUCUGCUACUUCGCCUAUCAUUACCCAUAUACAUACUCCACUCUUAAGAUGCACCUGUCCAAACUGGAGGCUUUGAGGACCCCUCAUAUCUACCUGAGACAGGACAUCCUCUGUGAAACACUGGGGGGAAACAGCUGCCCCCUUCUCACCAUCACUGCCUUGCCUGAGUCCAACUCCAAUGAUCACAUCUGUCAGUUUAGGAAUCGUCCGUUGAUCUUCCUGUCAGCCAGAGUGCACCCUGGAGAGACCAACGCCAGCUGGGUAAUGAAGGGCACACUGGAGUUCCUGAUGGGCACCAGCCCACUUGCAGCCAGCCUGAGAGAGGCCUACAUCUUCAAGAUCGUCCCCAUGCUCAACCCUGACGGAGUUGUAAAUGGAAAUCACCGUUGUUCUCUGAGUGGAGAGGAUUUGAAUCGCCAGUGGCAGAACCCCAAUCCUGAGCUCCACCCCACCAUCUACCACACUAAGAGCCUGCUGCAGUACCUUGCACACAUACAAAGGGCACCGCUGGUGUUUUGCGACUACCACGGUCAUUCCAGGAAGAAGAAUGUGUUUAUGUAUGGCUGCAGUGUGAAGGAGACAGUCUGGCAGUCCAAUAUCAGCGCGACAUCCAGUGACUUACAGGAGGACCUUGGAUACAGGGCGCUGCCUAAGAUCCUGUCCCAGAUCGCCCCGGCCUUCAGCAUGGCGAGCUGUAGUUUUGUUGUGGAGCGCUCCAAAGAGUCAACUGCCCGCGUUGUUGUGUGGAGGGAGAUAGGAGUGCAGCGCAGCUACACCAUGGAGAGCACGCUCUGUGGCUGUGACCAGGGCAAAUAUAAGGGUCUUCAGAUUGGCACCCGAGAGCUGGAGGAGAUGGGAGCUCAGUUCUGCGUGGCCCUGCUGAGGCUGAAGAGGCUGACGGGGCUCCGCAAUCACCAACACCUGCUGGAUUUAGAGAGCGAUAUUAUUGGGACACAGUCUAAAGUGGUCAGCAGCAGCCCCACCACCUAUGUGAUGGAGGAGGACGAGCCGUCCUUUCUGGAGGCGAUAGACUAUAGCGCAGAGAGCAACGACGAGGACGCCGAGCCUGAGAACGAGCACGCCAGCGAAGCCCCGGAGAUUCCCGAUCAACUGUCGGACUCUGAGACAAAUCACAGGGACUGAUUUUAUCUCCUCAAUACCUGGCAAUGUGAGCGUAUAACCAGCCAGUGCUUGGAUUGUCAGCUGAUCUAAAAGAUUUCACAGGUGGAGUAGUCAGAACCCACUCUCCUCACGCUGGUGAAUAAAUAGCUUAGAUUUACACCUGAUCCAGUUAUAUAGACACUUUACGAUGGUAUGUCAGCUGCAUUGAGGUGCUCCUCUCCCAGAUGGAUUGAUUUGUCGGCCCACUGGAGCCGAUUGUGUUGCUCAAUGAAUGUUCUCACCUUUCACUGUCAUCCUAUAACCUUCAUGAACUGUAACCCCUGACCUCAGACACCAUAUAGCCUCUGAGAUUCACUUAUAGCUAGCCAGAGCAGCAAACAGCAGGCACCGCCGAUCCUUAACUUGAACCCUUGUCGCUCAUUUCCCACAGCUGACCUUACACUGAAGCUACCUGACAAGGCUGUGGUAGUGUAAUAAAGCCAAUGGCUUCUCUAGGUACUGUUUCUGAAACUCCUCUCACCUGUCACUCUGUGUUUGGUGAAAACACUCCCAGUGACGGAGGGAAACUGGAUCUCCUCCACUGACCAGCUUAGAGAUCCAACCAACCUGCCUUCUUAUUUCCAUCUUCUCCGUAGGCUCACCCUGCACUUUAACUUUUUACUGCUUUUACCUGACACUUCCUUGUGUCCUUCCUUGCUUGCCUCCUUCCUUUUUUCCGACAAGCCAAGGUUGCGGUGUCUAAAUGGGAUGCGGGGAUGACCAAACAGCUCUGUCAUAGCUUAGCUGCAGGUUAACAUACGUCAUCCCGAGCGUCUCGUGCAGAAAAACCCACUCAGAUGUAACCUCACUUCCUCUAUGUAACCCCUCCCUCUUCGGCCGCAGUGCACGUGGUCCACCAAUGUGCUGUUUGCCUUGCUUUAUCCAAAACUCAAACUAUUUAUAUCACUCAAAUGUAGAAUGUUCACGUCUUUAUCAAGACAAACCUUGUACUAUACAUGAAAUGCAGAUAUAAACACGCACCACAAAAUAACAAACACAGGUCUGGUUUGAGUUUCUCAGUCAGCAGUCAGAGCAUAAAGACGGAAUGUAAAAUAUCCACAUGCACUGUUGGUGUUUUCAUUGUUUUUAAUAAUAGACAGUAUUAUAACGUUAGACGAAGCAGUAACGAACAAGACGCAUGAGCUGCAGAGAACAAAAAGAAACACCUUUUGCACUUUGGAUAAACUCUAUAAAAGCAAAACCAAGAGAAACAAACUGAAUGAAACGUCACUUCACAACAUGUCACCGUUUGCAAACCUCAACUUCAGUCACCUCAUUAGUUUUGAAGCUCUCAGCCCAACGCUGGUGGUAACAUUGCUGUGAUGUUUUAAAAAAUUAUACUGGAAUUUAGUUUCCUUUUUGUCCUCAAAUCUGUGUGCACAUUUUGUGGAUUUGCUGAGGAGAGACCCAUGCAUACAAACAGAUGGUGCUUUGUAAUGAGAGUUUAAAGUAGUUUGUUUGAUUAUUUCUUUAUUUGUGCGUGGAGAUGAGGUAUGAUUCUGUUGCAUUUGUACAGCUAGCGCAUGGCUACUUUCUGUUGUUUUUACUUUGUAAUUUAUUGAGUAUUGUUUUCUGGGAUGCAAACCUGUAUGUAUAUGAGGCAUUUUAAGUGUGUGAGUGCUAGUGUGUGUGUGUGUGUGUGUGUGUUCGCAGGAGUUUAAGUUAUUCCAUUAUUCAGCUCAGCUAAUGCUCUUACAGUUUGUUUCUUCUUCCAAUUUGAUUAUCCUCUCACUCUCCUUCACUCCCCUCAAUCAUUCUCUCCUCUUCCCUCUAACCUCUUCCAUUCUCUUGUUUUCUGUCUUUUAGUUCUACUUCCUUUCAGAUUUUACUCAAGAACUUACAAACCCAGGGAGGUCAUUGUUCUGGGUGUCUGCGUGUGUGUAUGUGUGUGUAUGUAAAGGAUAGAUGAUGUGAAAAAAUGUCCCUAUGAGAAUUGUGUGUGCUGUUAUGUUUGUUUCUCUGUAGCAGUUUAUGUUGGGGCGACUUUUGUUUUAUGUUUAUUUUGAGGUAAACAAACAGCGAUAACGACUCAUUUUAAGUUGAUUGUAAUGCAGAAAAUUGACGAGUGAAGACAUGGAAAAUAAAAUGUGAAUGU